AUGCGCAGCUCAAACGUUGACGAGAGCCUCCAUUUCGGCGGAACGUACCAAAACACCCGAGAACCGCAAUGUCUCCUACCAGUCUUGGCCGAGGCACGCAUGGCACUGACGACAUGUCAGUGCUGGCUGUCAAUUGAACGGAGUUUAUCGCGCACAUUGCCCGUCAUGGCUCAGUUUCCGAUCAAAGUCUUCCCAAGCAAAGUGAAGCAUCGCGCAACAACGAGGGCAUCGCGGCCAGCAUGGGGCCGAUCACCCAGUGACCGCUGCUACAUCCGAGCGCUUACACAAGGACGUUCUGCUUCUUGUUUGCGCUUGCACCAGAAUUCGACUUCAACUAUGAAGUGUAUGGCGUCAGUAGUCGAGCCUAAGAUAAAAUCCUGUCGAGGGCGUUGA